ACCCUAAUAGAAGUAGUUCUUUUUCUCUCGUCCAAAUCCAAUAUCACAUUUGCUCUCCAAUCUUCAUCAACAUAUUCGAAAAAUCGAAGAAGAAAAUUAUUCUCCAAAAAUCCAUUACUUCAAUGUCGAUCUCAACCGACAACGGCGCUCUAACAAUCUCGCAAAACUAUGUUCCAUCUCCAAACGACACGGAUACCUGCGUUUCAGCAGUGGAAGAUAUACUAGGGUACACAUUUAACAACAAGAAGCUUCUAGAAGAUGCAUUGACACAUCCAUCGUGCAUUGAUUCAGUGUCGUAUCAACGACUUGAAUUCGUAGGCGACGCCGUUUUAGGACUUGCUUUUGCGAACUUCGUGUUUUUGGGGUAUCCGGAUGUUGAUCAAGGUAUUCUGUCUCUUCUUCGUGCCGCGAAUAUCAGUACAGAAAAACUCGCUCGUGUUGCUGUUCGUCAUGGUCUUUAUCGUUAUGUUCGUCAUAAUGCUCUUGCUCUUGAUGCUAAGGUUUCACUCGUGUAUUUGAAGGUUAGAGAAUUUGCACUUACUGUGCAAGCAGAAGACGAAAUUGCUGCUGUUUAUGGUGGCGCAGUAAAAGCUCCAAAGGUUUUGGCCGACAUUGUAGAAUCUGUUGUAGCAGCUAUUUAUGUUGACUGUGAUUUUAAUUUAAAGUUUCUUUGGCAGAUUAUUAGAAGUUUUCUGGAGCCAAUUGUUACUCUUGAGACUUUGCCGCUGCAACCUGUGACAAUGCUUUAUGAGUUAUGCCAAAAGCAAGGAAAAAAAGUUGAAUUUAGGCAAUGCAGGAAGGUUGACAAGAACAUUUGUAGUAUUUAUAUGGAUGGAAAGCUCAUCGCAACUGGAAUGUCUGAUCAGAAAGAUAUAGCCAAGCUUAACGCCUCUAAGGAGGCACUAGAGAAGCUUAACAAAUCUGCUAUCAACCACAAGGAUAUUAUAUAUAGAGUUGAUGACAAGAAUGAGAUAGAAGCUGCUAAGCAAAAGUUACAUGAGCUAUGUUGCAAAAAGAAAUGGCCUAAGCCAACGUACAGGGUUGAAAAAGAAGUGGGGCUAGCUCAUGACAAGAAGUUCAUAUGCUCUGUCGAGAUUGAAACAGUAGAUGUGAAGCUCUGGAUGUUGGGGGAUGAGAAAUCAAGAAUCAAGGAGGCUGAGAAUUCGGCUGCCUCCUUGAUGAUUCAUAGUCUUCUAAAGCCCAUCUAUAUGUGACACAUUUCAUCGUUAUGUUGAUAAUGAUGUACUGAUUGUUUGGCCCAUUCGUCUGUUGCAUUUAAGUGGAGGAAAUAUAGGAGUACUCGUGUUUCUCGUGUGUUUACCGCAGAUGUUUGGUGCUACAGGCGCGAGACACAAUACUGCUAUAUUUCCUUCUCCUAACUGUAACAGGGUAAUGGGCCUCUUUGUUUUGUCUCUAUACACUCUGCCAAGCCCUUCGAGUUGAGUAAAUUGUCUCUUAUAAAUUCAAUGUAUAUUUUUCGAACUUUGUUUAACGAUUUUUAAGUCCCUUUUUAUUUCAUGCAUAGAAAAACCAAAUAAGCAUAUUGUUUAGUUAACGAAACUGAUAUCUAUUUAAGAAUUUUUUAUUGUUUCA